AUGCUCAAGCGCCUCCUCGGCGGGGUCCGGUUUGGUAUUUUCCCUGUCUUCAUCUCUCCUUACACGCUCACGUUCCUGCCGCUCAGCAUUCUCGCCCUCCUGAUCACCGUCUCGCCGUUUCCCUCGUCCGCCACCUCCCCGGCCUCCCCGGCCACCUCGACCACCUCGGCCACCACGACCCGCAAAGCCACCACGAGCGAACCGUGGGCGAUGGGCUUCGUAGGUGAGGGGGGACAGCUGCGCCUGCGCCACCACGCAUCGAUACACGCCCAAGGCCCCUCCCACGGCCUCUUAGGCCACCUCUUGGUAGACUCUUGA